AUGCCCUUGUACGAGAUUGAGCACAGUAUCCCCCUGGACAAAUCACAACGUCAUGAGCUUGCACAGGCCAUCACCCACAUCCACACCCGCAAAUUUGCCACCCCUAGCCUGUUCGUGAAUAUUCGCUUCAUAGAUGCCAACAGUCGGCAUAACUAUGUGGCGGGCAAGGAGCGUGCCAUCAACCGCAUCACGGCCUAUGUUCGGGCAGGCGGAACGAGAACGACGGCUGAUUUUGAUGAGCUUGCCCAACGUGUCUCGGAGACAUGGGAUAGAGUCAUCAAUAAAGACGGGACGAGGUCCAAAGAGAGGCAGCUGAAUGCGGUGUUUGUCUUGGGCGCAAUUACUACGGGCACGGAGAAUGGGUUUUUACUACCUCGGUAA